AUGACUGCAACUGCCGUGUCGAUUCGCAAUGGCCACUUUGUCGAUGCGCAAGGCCGCGUCCGGCUUCUCCGCGGCGUCAACUUGGGCGGCUCUUCGAAGCUCCCGUUCAACUACCGCCACACAAACAGUCACUGCAGCAGCAGCGAUCGUUUCUUCAGCAGCGCACGCAGCGUCUCGUUUGUCAAUCGUCCGUUCCCAUUGAGUGAAGCGCCUGUGCACUUUGCGAGACUCCAGCGCUGGGGCUUGACGCUCCUUCGCUUUGUCGUCACGUGGGAAGCAGUCGAACAUGGCGGACCAGGAGUGUACGACCAGGAGUUUCUAUGCUACGUGCGUGACCUCGUUGAACUUGCAGCCGACUAUGACCUCAGUGUUUACAUUGAUCCACACCAAGACGUGUGGUCGAGAUGGACGGGCGGCGAUGGCGCGCCAAUGUGGACAUUGGAAAGUGUGGGACUCGAGCCGCGCAACUUUGAGGCCACGAAAGCAGCGCUGUGUAUUGAAACGUGUGGCGUAGAGGCAAAGAAGUUUCCCAAGAUGAUUUGGCCGACGAACUACUUCAAAAUGGCGUGUGCUACUAUGUUUUCACUUUUUUGGGGAGGUGCUAAAUGUGCGCCCUCGUGUACGGUCCAUGGCGUUCAAGUACAAGAGUAUCUGCAGUCGCACUACUUGGAUGCAAUGGCAAAACUGGCCGAAGCACUGGAGGGACUGACAAACGUUGUGGGCUUUGGAACGAUGAAUGAACCUUCUUCUGGGUACUUGGGACUCAAGAACUUAGACAAGCAUUAUCACCACGGAGAGCUGAAGUACGAACUAGCACCCACACCUUUCGAAGGCAUGGCCCUUGCUGACGGCCAUCGGCAGGUCAUUCAGCGCUGGUCAAAUGGUGCAAACCAACACGUGUUUGGACGACCCGAUGAGCUUGUGACAGUAGAUCCUAAGGGAGUACGCGCUUGGCAGCGAGGUCGACGCUGCAUCUGGAGGGAAGAAGGCGUUUGGGACGUGGAUGACCAGACUGGCAAACCAGUCUUGCUGCGUCCAGAUCACUUUGCCGACAUCAUGUUUGGUCGCGAUUGCUACGUGCCUUUUGCAGCGCACUUCACCAAGCGCAUUCGCAGCAUCCUGCCCCACGCUUUGCUGUUCGUUGAGCUGCCACCACUAGAGUUCAGCAUUGACGAGUUCCCUGACAUUGACGAUACUUUGAUUCCACGCGCAGUCAAUGCUACGCACUGGUACGACGGGGUCACGUUGUUCUUGCGUGCCUGGCGUCCGUAUUUCACAGUAGACCCAAGGACAAAGCGUCCUGCAUUUGGCUCUGCUGCGGUGCGCAGGAUGCAUAUGAAGCAGCUAGAGGGUAUCAAGGUCUACGGGAGAGAGCAGAUGAAGAAUGCUCCGACGCUCAUUGGCGAAACGGGUAUCCCGUUUGACAUGCACGCCGGCUCAGCAUACCGAAACGGUGACUUUCGUGCGCAAAUUGGCGCUCUGGACAAUACUAUCUCGUGUCUCGAGGCCUCGUUGGUUUCGUUCACGCUUUGGUGUUACACGUCGGACAACUGCAAUGACUAUGGCGAUCAGUGGAAUCUGGAGGACUUGAGUUUGAUCAGCAAGGUCAAGUCUGUCCAGCCAGACGACCGGCUGUCGGUCUCAAAUCCAGACGCCUGUGCGCGAGCACUGAAGGCAUUUGCUCGUCCCUAUGCCACACGCAUUGCAGGCACUCCGUCCAAGUCGGAGUUCCAGCUUUCUUGCGUGCGCUACGAGUUGGAGUACUGCUCGGUUUCAGGCAGCUCGUGUAAAACAUCCGUGCACCACCCAACGGAAGUCUUUGUGCCGCAUCUGCAGUACCCCAAGGGCUAUUCGGUGGAAGUGUCCGAUGGCCGCUUUUCUUGUCAGUCGUACAACGGAUGGGACAUCGUGUCGUACUUGCACGAUCCCUCCAAGGCUGAUCAUUUGCUCGUGAUUACAUCAAAGGACGCAAGUAUUGAGAAACGUCGUCGGUCACGCGCUUGUCGACGGAAAACGGUGAUGCCUUUCGUUUUACUGAUCGCUGGUUUCGUCUUGUACCUGAUUCUCGGAUGA